UUCCUUUACUUUUGGUUUGGUUGACGUUUCACAGUAGAAGCUGCCUCAGGUAGGUGGGUGCUGGCAGCUGGAGGAAGGGCGCUGGCUCGCCUCCUUCUAGAAGGUCUAGAAGGGUCUGAGGUCCGGCGGCGGCGAGCUUGACGCCGCUCGGGGGAGGCUCCCCUAGGACCCGGUUACCUGUCCUUCCCGGAGCUGAUGACUCAGUCCUCCAGAAGAGAUGGCUUUGUCACAUUUUGCCGGUCAACAAAGAAAGGAUUUAAGUAUUGACAUGAUUAGAACUAAAAUUGCUCAUGGGAAAUCUUUAUCUCAGAAAGCAAACAGACAUAAGGAAUAUGAACAAAAAAGACACUUUGGUUUGAAAGAUGUCAACAUUCCAACUUUGGAAGGUAGAAAUCUUGAAUUAGAUGAGAUGUCUGAAGAGUUAAUUCCAGAAAAGAUCAGUGUCAAGCCAAGGUCACUGAAAUCUCUUCUAAGUGAUCAACGAAGACAAAUGCUCCAGAAAUACAAGGAAGAAAAACAACUUAAAAAAUUGAAAGAAGACAGAGAGAAAGCUGAACGAGGAGUAUUUAAAGUGGGUCUUUAUAGACCUGAUAAGCCUUAUUUUCUUUUAUCCAUACCACAGUACCAGUCAAAAAAGGAUAAUGUGGAAGAGACCAAAAUUAGUAGAAUACAGCUCAAGGUGGAAAGAUACGGAUACAUAUGGUCUAUAUAUGUUAGAGGAGGCCGGGCAGUCCGCAGCGCCCACGUCCGCGAGAGUGACGAGGUCAACGACCGCAGCGGCAAAGCGCCCCGGAGCAGCCUCGCCCGCCGGCGCCGGCGCCGCGGCGGCCGCCACGCGCGUACUUUUAAUGCAGAAUUUUCUAUCUGGUCAAAAUGGAUCUAUUUUGUUUUUAUUUUAGAUAGUGGGACAGAAAGAAAGGCACCAAAUCAAGGAAGACCUGCCAAAAAGAUAGAAAAAAAACCUGGAAAGGUCGUUUCUUUUAAAGCUGAUAGUGAAGAAAAUACUUUGGAGUCACAAACCAGUGAGACAAGUGGAAUGGAUAAAAAUGGAGUCUUAUCAAAAAAGGAAAAGUUACCCAAGACAAAUACUGCAAAAAUGAAAGGAAGGCAAUCGUUCGCCCCUGAAGAUUUUGUGUUUCACCCACCAGAUGGUCUGAAGACCUACCGAUUAACGCCUGUGACUCCCAGAAGUACGAAUUCUUUGACACCCAGAUACACCUGGAGUCCUUUAAAAACAGAAAUUGAUAAGACUCAAGAAGCAACAAAAGAAGUUUUGGCACGGAAAUGUGAAACUUCCUCUGCCCGGACAGUACAUCAAGAUUCAAGUAAAUUACAGUGUCCUUUGGGUUCUCUAACAGCUGGGGAUACAGAGUAUAUCUUAAAUAGAAAUGAAACUACUACUAAAAAUGUAGAUGGCCUUCCAAUAAAAGAAGUCCCAUCACUUGAAGUAAAUGAAGAUCAGAAAUCCCAGUCACAACAUAACGUGCUGUAUUUCAGAAAUAUUCUUCGGUCAGAAACCGAAGAAUUAACCUCUCACUGCCUUGAGUGGGAAAGGAAGCUUGAAUUGGACAUUCCAGAUGAAGCCAAAGGUCUUAUUCGCAUCGCUGUUGGUCAAACAAGACUCCUUAUGAAAGAAAGGUUCAAACAGUUUGAAGGACUGGUGGACGAUUGUGAAUAUAAACGAAGUGAAAAGGAUACCACCUGCGCCGAUCUAGAUGGCUUUUGGGAUAUGGUUCGCUUUCAGGUAUGUGGUCAAGUGUUUGGAAUGGAUUCUCCUCGAGGGCAGGGACUUUGUCCUUUCCCUUUGCCCCCAGCAUUUGUAGCACAUACUAGGAACUUGAUAAGUAUAAGCUUAAUGUGUGAAAUAUUUUAUGUAUGCUUGAUUUGUUUUUCACGUAGGAUGGUAACAAGUCGCUUUGGUAAGUGUCAUAAUUUCUCUUCGCAGAAACAAGUUGUCUCGGGUAUAGCAAGUAAACCGAAACAGGACGAUGGCGGGAGAAUGGCAGCUAGAAAUCGCCUCGCUGCUGUAAAAAAGGCGAUGAGAGAGAGGGGUCAGCGGAAAGAGCAGGCUGAGGCAGCAGCCUCUGCAGCGCCCAAGGAAGUUGAUCAAAUAGUGUUUGACGGUGGAUUUUUCAGAAUUGAAAGUCCUGUUAAAUCAUUCUCAGCAGUAUUUGAUAAUAAAAAUCUCACUACUGAACGCCAUCUUCUUGAUUCACCACGCCUGAAGUGCAGUAAUCCAUCCACUCAGGUGGAGAGGAGACAACAGGAACGUGCCAGACACAUUUCCUUUGCUGGGGACUUGAUUGCCUUUUCACCUUGAAGGCCUCUCAAUAGCAGGCAGCCAGAAGAAUUGUGA